CAAAUACAGAAUUUUCAUUUAUUGAUCUUGAUUUUUGCCCUGAAAUUAUAUUACAACAGCAUAAUAUUAGCUCUAAUAAUAAUAAUGAGUUAAUACAAUUGCCAGUUGAAACACCAAAUAGAAAAAUACUAUUCACCUUUUGUCCACUAAAGUAUCAUAACCAUAUCAUCAAUCUCAUAACCAAGCAUUUUAAUCAACACCCUUACAUUCCUGCAGCCAACAUGCAGUACUAUUCUCCUGAUCAAAUUCAUGAAGGCGCUGUUAAGGAGAUGUAUAUGUACUGCAAAAAUAAUGAUCUCAAGUGGGCAUGGUCAUAUCUGUGGGUGGAGUGGUAUGAUUCAUCUAAAUGGCCUAACUGGGCACGAAGUGCCAAAAAUGAAAUUUCAGUAUUAAAAACAACAAUGAUCAUGGAAUCGCACUGGAGACUUAUUAAACAUAAUUACAUUUAUAAAUUUAAUAAACCACGUGUCGAUUUACUU